AUGCCUCUGGAUAUACAAGUCACUAGACAUGCUCAAGCUCUUCCAGAGGAAAACAAAAGACCAACAUCGUCUGAGAACAAUGGCGAGGAACAAGAACAUGCAGAAAAGCUGGAAGAGGAAUCUUCAUUAACAGGUCACGAAACAACCGAAAUGAACAGAAGUGGUGCACAAGAACACUGCACAUCUGAUGAUACCACAGGCUACCAUGAGGAGGUAGGCAACCAGAGGGCCCUGUCUACAUCUAAGCAUCUUACAACACAGGAACCUUCAUUUUACACAGCCAACACAACUGAGGACAAACAGAACAGCUUGACCUGUCAGAAUGCACAGAAGACUGCAGCUGCCACUAAGUUCAAUGGGUCAGAUAUGGCUGACAUAGCAACACUGGCGCACUCAGGCCAAUCAACAACACAUGAUGUCACAGUUGGUGUAAAGACAAUUGUUAGUGGCCUGGAAUGUUCAAGGCGACAAACAGGUAAUGCUGAGCAACUGCAACUCGACACAAUGAUCAAGGAGAAAAAACUUGAUACAGACUUGGUGGCAUAUGUGGACAAGGGGGCUGCCCAACUGCACUUUCACUUGCACAAAGACAAAGGAAAUGACAAUGAUGUUCCUGACAACUUUGCUACACAGACAACGGUGACAAUCUCCAGAAGUGUGAGUCAUGAGGAAGGGAGCGUUGGUGCUGCAUUUGAGGACAGUGAUGGCAGUAAGGAAGGAACUCCGACGCAGUCAAACAAACUGAGACAACUUGAGACAACUUUGCCAGAAAAUGCUGUGCAAGAUAAACCCAUAAUCAGCCACUCAGAAGAAAGCUGCAGAUACUUGACAAGCCACAUUAAUGAAGGUGUCACCACUGAACAGUCCUGCACUCAAUGGUUCAAGUUACAAGAAUGUGAGAAGUUUGAAGGGAAGCAGCUACAAGAUGUGAAAAGCAAACCAAAACAGGAUGUGAUCAAACAGCUCAAAGAAAGUGGCAUUCCAGUACUCGUAACACAACCACAUCAUGCUGCCACACCAAAAAGGCCAGUAACAGCUACGCCAGAACAUGACAACUAUGAGGCAACUGUAUUUAGCAGGUUACAGAAAACAAGAAAAUCAUCAGCAGAGGUCAUCAAUGAAAAAUCACAGAAUGAGUGUGUAAGCUUAAGUUAUGACAGAUGCAAAACUGAUUCAAAAUCACCACCACUCAAAUCGACAGAAAAUAUACAACCUGGAAAGUCACAUCACAACAUCACUAAGACAAAGAAGCAAGAGGAGCCCAAGUCGUUCUCCAAUGAUGCACCUACAGGGCAUAAACAAGGCAGACAUAUUGGAGGCAGAGGUGUUAAGAAGACAAAGUUGUCACUCAGCUAUCUAACUCGGACAGCUAAAAACAAGGAAAAACAUCCAGCAGAUGUUAAAAAUAAGGAAAAAAAAUUGGAGAGUAAGCAAGUACAUGCUUCAGUUUUGCAACAUACUGCAGCAUCAACAGCAAACAAAAGUGACGACAGUCAGAAUGAUGGGGCUGAUUCUCAGAAGAAUGUCUCCAGUGAUAACGAAGGACACAAGAUGUGCAAAAGGCCACUCACUGACAAAUGCCCUGGAGGUGCUUGCACCAAGAGUGACAAACUAGACAUUAGGCCUGCUUCAGCUUUGCAACCUACCACAAUGUCAGUGUCACACAAAAGUAAAGGUGAAAGUGGGAAUGAUGCUGCAGUGACCUACAGACUUUAUGAAGGGCAAAAGAAAUGCAAAAGACCGCUCACUGACGAACGCCCUGCAGAUGUUGGCAACAAGAGUGGCAAACUAAACAAUAGGCAACAACCUGCUUCGGUUCUGCGACAUACUGCAGCAUCAACAGCAAACAAAAGUGACGACAGUCAGAAUGAUGGGACUGAUUCUCAGAAGAAUGUCACAGUGGUCUCCAGUGAUCACGAAGGACACAAGAUGUGCAAAAAGCCACUCACUGACAAAUGCCCUGCAGAUGUUGGCAACAAGAGUGAUGUACCAGACAACAGGCAGAGACCUGCUUCAGUUUUGCAACAUACCACAACAUCAGUGUUAAAUAAAAGUGAUGACAAAAGUGGGAAUGAUGUUCAAAGAAAUGCUGCAGUUGUCUCCAGACCUCAAGAAGGACACAAGAUAAGCAAAAAGCCACUCACUGACAAAUGCCCAACAGAUGUUGACAACAGGAGUCAAAAUCUGAAAAAUGGGCAAAGAAAUGCUUCGGUGUUACAACAUACCACAAUGUCAACAUCAAAGAAAGGGUAUGACAAAAGUGGGAAUGAUGUUCAGGAGAAUGCCACAACAGUCCCUGAAGCUCACAAAGGCCACAACCUACAUAAAAAGCCACCAAAGCAGUCUGCAGACAUUAACAAGAAAGAUAGCAAUACAAAAUUAACAAAAGUGGCGACCAAAAGGAUUAUUCAAAGAGAUAAUACACAAUAUGCUGCCAUGACAAGACACAGGAUGCAAAAAGAACAAAAGGAAAUACAUGAAAAGACAUGUGGUAUGCCAAUUGACAGCAAGAAGGAAUCGGGACGAGUUAUAACAAGCAAAAGAUGUAUGGAAAGCACGAGCAAUGCAAGGAUGGACAUUAUGGCUGAUUCCACAGCAUGUGAACAACAGCAAGAGAAUAAUGAAACAGCAGCAAAGGAAAAAGUAGGCCACAAUACGAAGCUGGUACCGGUGGCUGACAAUGUUCGCAUGGAAACAAAAGCUGCAAAGGGUAGGGGCAUGGCAGGCCAGAGGGCUAUUGUAUACCCUAGACAACAUACCAGAAAGGGUGCAGUGGCCAAUCCAGUAGUGCUUGAAAAGUUCAGCAACGCUUGUAAAGAGUUACAAGAGGACAAGACAAGCAGUGAUACCAAUGCCAAGAUGGUGGUGAGCAAGAAUUUUGCUAAAGGUAGCAAGGUAACUACAAAAAAUGCUACAGCCACUUCCUUGGAAAGACAAUGCCAAACGAAACUAUGUGAUAGGACAGUGACAAGCUGUCCAAUUCCCAAGACAAAAGUCUCAUCUGCAAAUGCCACACAAGAGGCAGCAGCUAUGAUGUGCUGUGAUGAUGCUGAGGCCAUUCCUAAUGAAGAAAAUAGCAAGCAUCCUAGUAGUCCUGCCAGAGAAGCUGUAACAUGUACAGAGUCAAGGGAUAAUGUGCUGGCUAAAUAUAGCUUCAAAACUCCAAAGUCUGUAAAAUCAGUUGAACUCCCAUGCCCACAAACACCACUCAAGCGCAGAAGUCUCAGGGAAAAGAAUCUGAGGAUGCCAGCUCUUGGAAACGCUGAAACUGGAGCUGCUCUUGUGGAUGACAAACAGAGCGAUCCAGAAACUCCGUUAGGUUCCAGAGCCAAGUACACAAAACAAGAGGCAGAAAAGGCCAAUGAGAAAAGGCUUGAGAGCUGGGCACAAGAUAUGUACAAUGAACAUAACCAACAAAUUCAAGAAAAGAGUAAGGCAUGGACAGAAAAUGAGACAGAAAAUGAAGAAGGACAACAGAGUGACCCAAGAAGCAUGAAACAGCAGGAACUCACUUGGAGCUCCAACACUUGCUCUGACCAUCCUAGCACCAAACAGCCUGUAAUAUCUACAUGCGCUCGUGACAAUGAUGUGUGGGACAAAUGUCAACAACCUGCAGUAAAAUUAUUCAGCCAAGAUAAAGGCAACAGUGUGUACCUAGCACAUCUUUCACAGUCAAUGAAAGGAGAUGUCACAAAUGAUAAGCAGCAGCAAAGUGACACAAAUGGGGACAUUGAAAUGUCUCAGAUGAGAAGCUCGGAGGAUCUUCGCGGCUUGACACAGUACCCUACCCAAAAUUUAGAAAGACUUAAGGCAGCUCAGAGUCUGUCCCCGACCACAGAUAUGCAAGAGGACAGUACAAAUGAAAUGGAACUAGACGAGGAUGAUGAUCUAACUUGCUUGACACGAACAUUAAAUAGGAUGCAAGCCUGCAGUCUUUACUCACGAUAUGAAGCCGGAACAGCUAUCAUUACAACAAAUGCUACAGGCGAUGCCCUUGGGAGAGAACCAAAUGCUGAAUCAGCUCUAAAAGGUGAAAAACAAGUAGCAAAAAGAUCAAAUCGGGAGAUAACUGAAAUUGAAGAACAGAUAAGGAAACACGAUAUGACAAAGGAAGUAAGGAACACAAAAAAAAUUUUAAAUGAUCCGAAUGUAGGAACAGACCUUGAAGCCAGCGAUGACGAAGAUGACUCCUCCAUUUUGUUCAGUAUUGACGAUGAUGAUGAAGCAGCUGCAAGUGAUAGAUCGCACAGCUUUUUCCAAAUGAAGGCCACUCCAACUCCACUUAACUUUCUAAAGAGCUCUCAGGACAGAAAUGAUUCAGAGUCUGAAGAAGAACUUUUCCCCUGGCUCACUGACAAGGUGGAGCCCGAAACAAACAAGAGAAAAGGCAAACCAUUGUCUCAGAACGCCUCUCACAAAAGUGGCAUGAACAGACCAGAUUUUAAACGGCUGCGUUUUCAGGAGGAUUCUGGGAGACAGCCCAGCAAUGCCAUGCAGUUAAGGCCUGCCAAAAGAGUGACAAUAGUCGAUGCAGCUACACAGCAAACUCACAAGAUGUAUGGGAAACGACAGCACACUUUUCCCAUUCCCUCCUACAAACGAGAGCACGAUGGCUGUGACCACUCAUCGGUCUGCACUGACCCCCCCCCACUCCUGUCUCGUCGAGAAGCUGAGUUCUUCGAGUCUGACAAUCAUGAAGACUUGGGCCACGAUGCCGACGACUACGAAGUUUAAUAAGUAUUAACAGCUGGUUGCUCCAAGGAUUUGCCUUUGUUGUACCAAUGCUGACACAAAAUUUCUUAGUGUUCUCGAGAAUGAAGAACAAGAAGCCAGGGAAGUUGGUACAUGUAUAAAAGCCGGUGGGACUACCGCUCCUUUA